AUGGAUAACGAACCGGAUAAUACACUGCGCAUUUUAGUAGCCACAGACAAUCAUGUUGGUUAUCUCGAGAAGGAUGGUUUGCGUGGCAACGACACAUUUACCACACUGGAAGAAAUACUGUUCCUGGCUCAGAAGCACAAAGUUGACUUUUUGCUGCUUGGUGGUGACCUUUUCCACGAGAACCGUCCAUCGAUUUACUGCGUAAAUGAGGUCCUUCGGUUGAUCCGCACCUACUGCCUCAACGACCGACCCGUGCAGUUUGAGCUCUUAAGCGACGCUAAAACCACUUUCGGCACGACCAGUUUUCCAAGCGUCAAUUACCUUGAUCCCAAUCUAAAUGUCGGCAUUCCUAUAUUCACCAUUCAUGGCAACCACGAUGACCCAAGCGGACCCAAGAACGUCUGUGCGCCCGACUUGCUUCACAGCUCUGGAUUUGUUAAUCUCUUUGGAAAGUCCGAGUCAGUGGAAGCCCUGGAAGUUAGUCCUCUCUUGAUAAAGAAGGGUUCAACCAAGGUGGCCUUGUACGGAAUCGGUGCGGUUAGGGAGGAACGUCUGCAUCGUCUCUUCCGCAACAACAAGGUCACGUUUUUUCGACCAGAAACCGACGCAAAUCAGUGGUUUUCGGUUGCAGUUGUCCAUCAGAAUCGCGUGCGCCACGGACCCACGGGCUACCUGCCUGAGCACUUCUUGCCCGACUUCCUGGAUGUCGUUAUUUGGGGUCACGAACACGACUGUCGCAUCGAGCCCGAGUGGAAUUCUUCCCAGAGCUUCUACGUCUUGCAGCCCGGGAGUUCUGUCGCCACUUCGCUCAUUAAUGGCGAGGCGAUAACCAAGGCUGUUGGUCUCUUGGAGAUCCGAGAGCUACAGUUCAAGGUAAGGUAG